AGUUCAAAGUCUUGGAUCGCUGUAAUCAUAAACCCAAAAGGGCUGUCUCAUGGAGCAAUGGCCUAGAUUUUGAAAUCUGGCGGUAGGUAAAUUAACGGUUAAAACUGUUUCUGUAUUCACAAAGUAGUUGUAGUUAUCGUGAGUUGUUGAAGAUAAAUGUAUGUCGUAAGAAAACAAAGAGCAUGGUGAUUGAAAGGCUGAACACCCGGAUGGGACCCAAAGCCCAUCCAAGGUAUCAUGUUUGAUGAAGAAUUUGGAGACUCCUUCGCUCUUCAUUUGUCCUUUCCAAGCAAAUUUUCAACCAUUUUUCUCUGAUCAUCACCAUCAACAAAUUCUUCAGUGAGGAGGGCAUUCCUUUUCUACACAAUGGUUUCAGAGGAACAGGAGAUGCCCAGUGGAUGGCCCCUUGGGCUUGAGAUUAUGAACACGAGACUUAGAGUGGCAGAGAGUUUACAAGCUUCUGCAGUCCAACCACACACUUUGCACAUGCCGUCAACCAGCUUCUCCUCAUUCUCAUCAUCCAACCUUGACACUGAGUCCACAGCAUCCUUCUUCCAAGACCAUAGUGUCCCACUAGGGCGGCUAAUUGGAAUUAAAUCAGGGGAUGGAUCAGGAGGCUUGUACUUCCCAAACAGAAUGCGGUUCAAUGAACGUGAAAGAGCAUCUGCAAGAGGUGCUCACCCUCCCGACCCCUCCAGAGGGCACAGCAUGGAACUGUCCCAGGGCAUUUGCAUUCCACUCCUACUUGGCAUCCUAGUAAAGAUGAACCGAAGUAAAAGCAGCUCAAGACAUUGAAGGGGUGUGAGUGUAACCGACUACAAGUUUGAUGGUGGCUUCAGACUGCAGAGGCAAAUAAAAUUGUUGAUGAGGGAUCAAUUAUGUUUGUGUUUGUAUUCUGCGGAUGAGUAAAUGACUUGUAAUAACUAUUGCUUGCAUGACUCGAAAAUUUGGUGGCUCUGACCAAUUGAUUUGCCAGAAAAACAGGAGUGUUGCCUUGGUCCAUUGGCCUCUUUUUGGAUAAGAUUUGUAUAGGCUUUUUCCAUGGUUCCUAUUCCUAAAGGCCCCUCUGUGAGUGUACUGAUUCCAUUAUUGUUUCAAUGAUACCAUUCAUAAAAAGGUUCUGCUUU